AUGCUUGCACUUCGAGGAUUGCUUGCAGGACGAAACGGACCUGGCUUGGGCCUAUUGCCUUCACUUCCAAGGAUAGACGCGCUCAGGUUCGACGAGCGUGGGCCGAAGCUGGCAAAAAAAAGAUCCCUGAUCCGAACAUGGAAGAUUCGGCCGGGCGACGUCGUGUUUCUUGUUUCAGGAAGGGAGAAGCGCUCUACCGGGGAAGUUCUGAUGGUCGACCACCGCCGAAACAUGCUGAAGGUCAAAGGCCUCAACCUUCGCAAGGUGGUCGAUGAUGAAGGGAAUCCCAAGUUCAUCGAGAAAAAGAUUCAUUACUCCAACUGUGCUCUAAUCGAUCCAGCAGUGGGCAGGCCGACAAGAGUCGGGUUGACCUUCACGGAAGAUGGCGAUGCUAUCCGCAUCUCCCACCUGACUGGCCACAUCAUUCCUUGGCCAGAUUUGCCGAAGCACAUGCAACCGCGAGAUGAGGAUCAUAUGGAAGGUCCCAAAGACACUCCUCCAGAAGUGGCACUCCGAAAGACAUAUGACUACCACGCGGACAAGGAAGCUUUGCGACUGGCACGUUUGGCCAUGACGAAGUACAACUACAACAGAUGA